UAUUAACUUUACCACUUUUCUUCUUCUUCUUCUUCUUCGCCUGUCUAACACUAAAUUAUGACGAAAUCAAACAUUAUUUUUCUUCUCUUAGACAACUUAUCAAACACUUUAAUUGCAUUUCUUUCUUUCAUUUCAAUGGCUUCAACUUCCACUACUCUUUCUCUUUAUCCCUCUUCUUCUUCUCCUCUCAACUUCUUUCAUUCAAACCAUUCCGCUUCUUCUUCGUGUUUCUUCAAUGGUAUGACCCACCUCAGGUCCCACAAGAGCUUUGCUUCUGUUACUUUAACUGCAUCUUCUUCUUUUCCGUUUGGUGGUUUGAAGCUCAAUAAUGCGAGGGGCUCUGCACCCCGUUUUGGCCUAUAUGUCGUGGCUGCUUCUGGUGAUUACUAUGCCACUCUUGGGGUUGCCAAGUCUGCCAGUAGCAAAGAAAUUAAAGCGGCUUAUCGAAAAUUAGCUCGUCAGUACCACCCUGAUGUCAACAAGGAACCUGGAGCUACAGAGAAAUUUAAAGAGAUUAGUGCUGCCUAUGAGGUGCUAUCAGAUGAUAAAAAGAGGGCUAUGUACGAUCAAUAUGGUGAAGCUGGAGUAAAAAGUACUGUAGGUGGAGCGUCAGGUGCUUAUACGACUAACCCUUUUGAUCUAUUUGAGACAUUCUUUGGGUCAAGUAUGGGUGGUGGUUUUCCUGGGAUGGACCAAACUGGAUUCAGAACACGCCGGCGUAGUACUGUUACCAAGGGUGAAGAUAUGAGAUAUGACAUUACACUGGGAUUCUCUGAGUCUAUAUUUGGAGCUGAAAAAGAAUUUGAGCUUUCUCACUUGGAAACAUGUGAAGUUUGUACUGGUACUGGUGCAAAGAUUGGUUCCAAGAUGAGGAUAUGUGCAACUUGUGGUGGCAGGGGUCAAGUUAUGAGAACUGAGCAAACACCAUUUGGCUUAUUUUCUCAGGUUUCCGUGUGUCCAAAUUGUGGUGGGGAAGGUGAAGUCAUUUCUGAAUACUGUCGGAAAUGCUCUGGUGAAGGACGUAUACGUAUAAAGAAGAAUAUUAAAGUCAAAAUCCCCCCUGGAGUUAGCACAGGUAGCAUUCUCAGGGUUGCUGGGGAGGGUGAUGCUGGACCCAGGGGGGGCCCUCCAGGAGAUCUUUAUGUAUAUCUUGAUGUUGAAGAGAUUCCGGGAAUCCAAAGAGAUGGUAUAGAUCUUUGCUCAACAAUAUCUGUCAGUUACAUUGAUGCCAUACUGGGAACUGUUGUUAAGGUGAAGACAGUCGAAGGGAUUACAGAUCUACAGAUUCCACCAGGCACUCAACCUGGGGACGUGCUAGUCCUGGCAAAGAAAGGCGCACCUAAGCUGAACAAACCUUCUAUCCGUGGUGACCACUUAUUUAUAGUUAAAGUUGCUAUACCAAAUCGUAUAAGUGCCAAAGAGCGUGAGUUGCUUGAAGAACUUUCUGAUCUAAGUAAAACCACCAGCAACCGGUCACAAAUUCGGCCCAGAACUCAGCCAGCCACCACCAAAAGUUCAGAAGAAAGUCAACCGAGUACUGUUGCAGAGAAAAAUGAAGAAUCAGGACAGAAUGACCUAUGGAAGAGUUUAAAAGAUUUGGCAGGGUCUGUUGCAAAUGGAGCUAUGAAAUGGCUCAAAGACAACCUCUAGCCUGUUUUUCACUAGGUGAAUUCUACACUCACUGAUACAUGCCUUCUUGUGCCAUUUUUGACAUGGAUAAUUUUCUCGAGGGACCGCACAAUCAUCUACUGAGACUGCUUUAGCUGAAAUUUAUCAGCAUUGCCGUGGAGAAAUGAAGUUACACAGUACUGGAUAUUCUUUUAUUUAUCCUCUCCUUUGUAAAUUUUAGUAUUUGAAAUAUGAAAUAAAGAUUAUUGUUUAUCGAUUUUUCA